CCCCCCCCCCCAAAUCAAUGUAAAUCUUUGGGUCAGCCGUCAGCAAUCGAGAGCACGCAUGGAAAGGCCAGUAGCCAGACUUAUCUGGAAGAAGCAUACAGAUGGCCGCUGCAGAUAUUGACAGGCACACUAUUGGGGUGCCAGUGAGAUGGGCACUACAUGGCAAGAUGGCCCUCGUCACUGGUGGAACCCGGCGCAUCAGGUGUGCGGUGGCUGAGGAACUCGCGGCGCUGGGGUCCGGGCCACCGUGCACAUGUGGUCCUGGAAGGAGACAGCUUGGUGAGCACCUCCAGGAGUGGGAGGCAGGGCCCAGGAGGUUCUGCAACCUCUCCAUGUGGGUCCAUCUGCUCCGAGAGGUCGCCGACCACUUCGGUGGCAAGCUUGACAUCCUUUUUUUUGGAAAAUAAGGAUUUUGAGAAGUUGGGAGUCGAACUCGUCUUGGAACAGCACAGAAACACGUUGCUUUCUGCUGAGGAAAGUAGCUGGUUGUGCUCUUGGAACUUGGAAGUUGGAUAAAACCUAAUACUAAAAUGGUAUUUUCUCCGUUCCAAAUGGUAAGACAUCCCAAAAAUCUAGGAGAGUCAAAGCAAUCUUAAGUUUGACCAAGAUUAUAGAGAGAAAUAUAAAGAUUUAUGAGAUCAAAUUGAUGUACUAAGAAAAUAUAACUAAUAAAAAAUCUAAUGGUGCUUAGUUUAUAUAAUAAAUAUUAUUUUUCUAUUAUAUAAAUUUGGUCAAACAUAAAAAAAAUUAACUCAACAAGAUUGUUGGAAUGUCUUGUAAUUUGGAACCGAGAGAGUAGUAAUGUUUACAUUCCAUUAUCCAUCCAUGAUUGUGGUUCGUUGUACAGUUGUUCACGAACCUCGGGAA